GCUCUCGCGUUAUCUCCAUCGGAAUGUUACAAAAUGGCGACCUCCAUGUAAUUUUUUUGAGAACUGCGAAUUAUUUCACUUUGUCAGUGUUGCAGCAUGACAAACGAGAUUGCAGAAAGCAUUACGGCUUCCCUUGUUAGGGAAUACCUAAGCCGAAAGGGUCUGAAAACAACACUACAAGUGUUGGAUGAAGAGCUGCCACGUGAUGCUGACAGUAUCAGCAACCGGCAACAGCUGGUUAAAGAGCUUCACAUUGAAAAAAUAAUGAAGAAAAACAAGGAACAAUCACAGCCCCUAAAGGCAAUGCUGGAAGUGAUCACUCAGCACUUGUUGAUGAGUAGGCCAAGUUCCAGCAUGAAGAAUGGGGACCUAGGACAGGUUGUUACCAAACAGGGGCCAUCUGUUACCAUGGAAACAAACUACCCCAGAUCAGGGCUGAAGUCUGCAUACUCAUCUAAGUCACAGUACCCAACUGUGGAGGACACUGAUUCCAGAUUUGAUGGAUUUCCUAUGGUACAACAGACAGACGAGGAUGACCUGCUGAAGCCAGACCCAAAUUUCUCUUACCCUUCACAGAGGUUAAAACCUAAACCUGCAGCCCCAAGUUUUGCAAAGAAACCAGAGAACAAAGUUAAAACAAAAGGGAACAAUGACCUUGUGAUAGAAGACAGUGUGGAAGGGGAAACAAUCUUAGGAGAUGGCAAGGCUGGAGUGAUGUCCCUUGAGGAGGAAGAGGACCAACUUCCCACAAGGUCAUUGCAAUCUCGUCCACGCAGUAGCAACAAGCCCCGCUCAGUUGGUCUUGGAAUGUCUGGUCCCAUUAUUAACACAGAGGACACGGGCAGAAGAAAAUUCAAUAAGCCUCGUCCAAUGUCAGCCAGUAAAAAUCAAAGACUAAACAUAUUUGAGAAUGACGCACCAAAGUUGAAUCUUGACUCUAUAAACCCUAUCAGUGCCAAAUCCGCUUCAACGCCAACAGUUAUACAUUCCAAACCAUUACCAACAACGGAAAGUGCAACAAAGGCAGCCAAAAACUUCAACUUUAGAUCACUUAGCAGUGAAUCAGACUCUACUGUGAAAGAGAUAGAAACGUUGAUAUCUGGUGAAAGGAAGAAGUCCAUUCAGGAUGUGUUGGAGAUAGAGAAAGAAACGCGCCCCCACACGGCCACCAGGAGGCAGUCGUCCAUUGAGAAGGAGACGCAGCAUUACAGUGUGGAUAAAUCCAGUAUAGCUGCAAAGGGGAGAAAACCUGGUCUUGGAAGUCAGACCUCCUCCAGCAACUCACUAAAGGUGGGAGAUCUAGAGAUGGGAGACGUUGACAACCUAGAUGAUGACCUUGCCAAGCUUGACCUUGCCCCCCGUGUGACCUCAGCAAAGGUCAACAAGAACCAGUACAACUCCAAACCCAUCGACGUCAAAACUGCUGUUGCACUGAAGCAGCUGGUAUUUGGGAACCCCAUGGCCAGCUUCAAUGAUGAAUGGAAAUUUCAGAGCUUCAGCUUCUGUGAUAUGCCCAAACUCAAAUAUGGCAUAGUACAAAAGAAGGGAGGCCCAUGUGGGGUUCUUGCGAGUGUCCAGGCUUGUGUUCUACAGGAACUGCUGUUUGGUGAGAAGAAAAUACCCCCACAGAGAUUCAAUGAGCCCACAUAUGAGGAGAGAACUGAGGCUCUGUCUGCUGCCCUGGCCAAGGUAUUCUGGAGAUGCGGCGAGAAGAGAAAGGCUGUAGUCUGCCUGCCAUCCAGCAGACCAGUUAUAGGAAGUGGAGGAAAAUUCAAAGCUGAUGAGUUCAUAGAAACAUUAAGCCUCUACACAUUCAUAGAUUUUGAGGAGUUGAGUUCAUUCAUGAAGCAGGUGGUCUCCCAGUUUGAGCUGGAUGGACAGGGCGGGGUGAUGCUUUCUCUGUACUCUGCAAUACUGUCUCGGAAAGUCGAAGGAGUGAAAGAUGACAUGGACGUCCCUACAAACGCACUAAUGGGGGCCCACGGCUACUGUACUCAGGAGAUGGUGAAUCUGUACCUAUCCGGUCGUGCUGUUUCCAAUGUGUUCAAUGACGUAAUGGAGCUUGAUUCUGGGGAUGGCAACAUCAUGAUGCUCAAGGGAGUUGUAUCACGUUGUGACGUGGGUCUACUGUCACUCUUUGAACAUUAUAAAUCCUGUCAGGUGGGUACGUACAUGAAGACGCCCCGGUACCCAAUCUGGGUGAUCUGCAGUGAGAGCCACUUCAGCGUGCUGUUCUGUGUCCGCAAGGAGCUCACCAGCGACUGGAAGGCAGAGAGGAGGUUUGAUCUCUACUAUUUUGACGGGCUGGCCAGACAGCAGGAGGAAAUACGCCUCACUGUUGACACAAACAAUAGAGCAUUCGUACCUCCAUCACAUGAAGAGCUGGUUCCACCUAUUGACCACUGUAUACGAACCAAGUGGGAAGGCGCAGAAGUUGACUGGAAUGGAACAGAACCAUUGUUAUAGUAGACUGGAACACAGUAGCUGAUUCAUGGUAUUCAAGUGGAUCCAUGGUAUGAAUGGAUUGGAUAGGCUCAGAACAGUUGCAGUAGUGGCAUUGUAAGGAUUCAUAGUUUAAGUGAACGGAACUAAAACUAUACCACUGCUGUAGUUGACUGAAGUUGAGCCACUGAUGUUAUGUGUUUUAAACUUCUCGAGUGGAAUGGAAGUAAACCACGUCUGUAACGGAAAGGAAUGUAACUCACCACUGCUGAGCUUGAAUUGAACAAAACACACUGCUGAAGUUGACUGGAAAAUGAACCAAGCCACUGCUGUAGUGGCAUGCAAUAAAACAUACUGCUGAGGUCGACUGAAAUGAACUAAACCACUGUUCUAGUGGCAGGCAACUUAAACGGUUAUAGUAGACUAAAAUGGAGUUGGAUAGAUGGUUUAAAAUAGCAUGUCACCCAAAUGGUACUGCUGACCAACACAGAUUAUAUGAAGACUGCUACAUAAAAGAAGUUAGUUGUAUAAAAAAGAAGGAAUGCUGUUGGUUAGUUGUAAAUAUUGCCAGUUUUACCAAAAUGACACCACAGCUGCUGGGUACUUGUUCAUGUAUCAUAUUUUUACUUUAAAUCUGCACUAUUUGAUUGAGUGAAGACCUAUGCUAUGCAUGUCACUUUGAGAAGAGGAUCUGCCUUUUGACCUACAAAUGUUUGAAACCAGGCAGGUAUAUUCAGAAGUAUUGUAUUUGGAUAGCAUCUGGAUAGUCCUGUUUUGGCAUUUGUUGGUCCCUCUAUGAUAGGUUAAGUCAAUUGUACUGUUUAUUUUUUUCUAGUGUCAUCAAUACAAUUACACCACUUGCUACAAUUAUUUGAUACUUAUUAAUAACUAUUCCCUAUUUAAUAAUAGUAUUUAUAAGUAUAGCUCAACAGUUAACUUGACCUUAGCUUUGUUUAAGAAAUGGUCCAAUCUGCAUCCACUCGGGAGGAGGUUUGCUUGUCAAACAGAUCUUGUUCAACACUGUUUUGAAAAUUUAGUGUUAUGUAUAUGCACCUGUUAUUGCCACGUGUAGGAAUUAAAUAUUUAAUAAAACAUGCUGUCAUUUUUGAGAAAAUUCUCAUUAAGCCAUAUUUGGAUUCUUAAUGUGUUAGUUUUUUCCAAAAAUAACCGUAUUCUUAUAAAUAAGAAACACAGUUUAUCAAGUUUAACGUAUCAUGAAAGAAUAUAUAGGCAUAAGAUAAGGUGUGUGUGUCAUGGAAAAUUCCCAGCAAUUUCCAUACAUUAUUAUUAUGAUGCAGUUUUUAUUUAUAUAUAUAUAUAUAUGUGCCACAGUAGGACAUGCCAACAUUACAGAAUUCAUUACCUGCUGUAGAAUUUCUUACAUUUAUGGUAUCAUAGUAGUCAAAAUCAAUUGAUACAUUAUUGUUUUGGAUAUUAAUUUUUUUUCUCAUUUCGUGUCUUGUCUUGUCUGCCUUUAAGAGGUCUUUAAUUGCACAAAUAAAUCUGCUGCUAUGUGAAGUGUUGAAAAUUACAUAUAAAUUUCAUGUUACAAAUAUUUAUUAUUGUCAAUUUUUCAAUGAGAAUCAAAAACUAUACAGCAUCUGUGAUAGAAAAAGCAUGUCUUGUUUAAAAAAUGUUAAUUCACUUCAUUGUCUGAGAUGUUAUAUUCAAAAGUGUGUAAUGACACUUAUAUUUAAUUCAAUGCUUUUUUUUGUAUGUGCAUGUGAAAGCAUUGUACGAAGUGUAUGAAUAUUGCUAGGUUUUGAAUGUUACAUAUCAAUUUACGAAUCAUACAUAUUGUUCAGGCUUGUAAACAUAUCAGAUUACAAAUGUAUUGUGACUUAGAAGAAUUUUGUGUGCAUUCAAUAUUCAAUUGAAUGUUUAAACAUUUCCAUACAUGUACUUACUAGGGCUUCUAGUCAGGCAAUGUCAAAUAUGAUCUGAUUUAUAUUAAGCAAAUAUGCUAAAUUAUAAUAAUGUUGUUACUUUAUUGAAGUACAAUACAUGUAAUACAUUAUUAUGAUGCAACCAUCAUACAUGUAUGUAAACUGUUAAAAUAUGUUCCGAUUCUUCAUUAUUUUUUAUGUUUAACAUGUUCCCAUCCGUCCUUGUAUUUAUGCAUACAAUAUCCAACACAAUUAAGUUAUAUAGUAUUUAAUCACAUUGGGAAGAUUGCAGUAUAUAUACCAUUAACAGUGCACAUGCCAAUACUUUUUAAAUAAUCUUUAAUAUGUAUUGUGCACACAAUGUGAAUCUCUAGCUGUUGUUACUUGAUGGAAAGUUUUCACCAACGGAAGUAGUUUAUCACAAACCUAGUGUUAAUUACUUGCAUGUGAACAUAAGAGAUAAUUAAAUAAGUCAUGGACUUUGUUGCACGCUUAUAGUUAUUUUCAUACAAGUCAUGAUAUUGUAGAAACAUAUAGAUAUAUAUAUAGAGAAUAAAUUACUCAACCUGAUUUAAAACUCAUGUUUACAAUGUAUGGACAAAGCUUGCCAUUUGGGCUAUCUCAGUGAAUACCAAGUGUACAUAACCAAUUAUUAGUGCUUGAAAGUAUACAAUACUACAUUAAUUACAUUAAUAAGCUGUCUUUAUUGUUAUUUAUAAAUUGGCUGUUCACAGCAAUGCCAAGUUUGUUUUAUGUACCUACGUGCACAGUUUGCAGUCAUUCAUUUUGUUAAGAUGGCCAAUUGUUAAAGCCAGUAGAUGUGUAUUAUUAAUUAGUUUAUAUAUUUAUUGAACAGAUUUUACAUUAGAAAAUUAAGUUACAAAAAUGCUUGUUGUUUUAUGUUUUAAUAAAAAAAAUGUUUUGCUAGCCCCAUCACAAUCACCAGCAUUAACAUUUAGAAUGGCCAGGAUUAUGAAUGGACAAGUGCAGAUAAAUAGCACAUCAUGCGCGCGUGUGUAUUUUAGGAUGUCCUUCAGCACCUGAUUCUGCACUAUGUAUGUACCCGGAGUAAGUCCCAGCACUCCAACCUUAUAAACCCUUUCCCACUUAGAUACGUAUUUUGAAGCAUUAAAAUAGUAGUCCUUUAGAAAGCUACAUUUAAUUGAAGACCUUUCUUACUAGAUUCAAGUUUUAAAGGCUUCAUUUCCAACCCUUAGAUACUGAUGAGCAGCAAAAUGCAUAUAACUUGAACAGACUGCCAGUUACUCGCAGACUGUUCUGGUUUUAUGCAGUUUUCACAUAGCCAUUUUCACUUUGCUUCUGAGUGGGAAAGGGUAAAUUUACAAGACUUGUAAGUUUGGACAAAUUGUGAAUUAUGGCUGCCAUUUCCAGCGGUUUUGUUGUUACUGAUAUUUUAAAAUUUGAUGUGGUUUUGUCUUGUGGGGGGGAGGAGGGAGUAGGAGUAUAGGGAUGAAAACUAUCCUGUAUGGUCUUGUGACCACUAUCCAAACUCACAUGCUUCCUGGAACGGGGUUGAAUCUGGGUCGCCUAGGUGAGUGCACAACAGUACUGGCAAUUUAACUGUUUAAAUAAAUCUCGUUUUAAACUUGGGCAUCUACGUACAAAAUCACAUUGCUGUGGCUUAUAAAGAAUUGUUGUAUUCAGAACUAAAACAUUUUAAUGAGGUUUAUUCAUUCAAAUCUGAACAUUUCUGUAAUAUUCUGGUUGAUACAACUAACAUUAUAGCAAAUAAACAAGAUUGAAGAUAGUGUACGGUGAGAAAUAAUAAUAAAAACAUAAUAUACAUACACACAAGGUUUCCAAUGACCCUAGGUAUUAAUAUAAGAAAUAAAUUACCAGAAUAGUGUAAAGUCUGAUACUAAAAGACCAUGCAUAAAUACUUGUUAUCCAUAAGGUUGAAAAGAUUUGCAUGAUAAAUAACAACAAAAGGGACAUUGACACAAGCAAUAGUAUAAAUGAAUAAACUAUAACUUCGACUGAUCCAUUCAAUACAUGAUCA